AUGUUUCGUCUGACCAGAUUACCUUUAACUUCCACUCGCUCACGUUUUUUCCGAUCAAUAUCAACUGCUCCAAAAAGCAUAGCCAUUCGCAGAGAGGACAAAAGCGUGUGGGAACGCAGAGUUGCACUUACGCCAGAUGCAAUAAGUGACAUCAUCAAACAAACCGGAACAACUGUAUAUGUUCAGCCAAGCAGUAAUAGAAUAUUCAAUGACGAAAAGUAUGCUGAGGCUGGAGCCAUAAUACAAGAAGAUGUCUCGCCAGCAGACAUAAUAAUAGGAAUAAAAGAGGUUCCGACUCGUAAUUUAAUUCCGAAUAAAACAUAUGUAUUCUUCUCUCAUACUACCAAGGGACAACCGUACAAUAUGGCAAUGCUCAAAGACAUUCUGGAUAAGAAAAUACGGUUGAUUGAUUACGAGUUAUUGACAAAUGAUGACAGGAAACGACUCGUUUUGUUUGGUACUCACGCAGGAUAUGCAGGAAUGAUCGACGGACUGCAUGGUUUGGGACUGCGGUUGCUUGGACUAGGAUAUAAUACGCCAUUCAUGCAUAUCGGCAUGUCUUAUACUUACGACACGCUCUCAUCGGCAAGAUCGACAGUACGAGCAGUUGGUGAUACAAUUACCAAAGAUGGGUUACCUAGUGAGAUCGGUCCAAUGACUUUUGUGUUUACUGGUAGUGGAAAUGUCGCCAAGGGAGCUCAAGAUAUUUUUAGAGAACUUCCUCAUGAAUAUGUGGAAGCAAAGGACUUGAAAUCAAUUGCCAACGGAAAAUACGGAAGGAGUAGGCGGCUUUACGCAUGUCACGUGAAGUUGGAAGAUUAUUUACGUCGCAAAGAUACUAACAAAUUUGAAUCAAAAUCCGACUAUUAUGCUAACCCGGAUAAGUACAUUUCAAUCUUUCACACUGAGAUCUCUCCAUAUACGACAAUGUUGAUUCAUGGUUCAUAUUGGGAUGCCAGAUAUCCAAGGCUACUCACAACCGAGCACCUUCGAUCAAUUCAAGCAGACCCGAACAUAAAGCAUCGACUGUUGAGUAUCGCGGAUAUUAGCUGUGACAUUAAGGGACCAUUGGAAUUUACAUCUCAUUCUACCACGAUAGACGACCCGUUCUAUUAUGUCGAUGCUAUCGCCGGAGAAGAGCAUAAGGAUAUGGCACGCAAAGGAACGCAAAUCAUGGCCGUAGACAUUCUACCUACUGAAAUUCCUUUCGAAAGUAGUCGACAUUUCAGUAAAGCAUUUUAUCCGUUCAUACUAGAACUGAUACAAAAACACGCGAUUACAAAUUCUGUUCUCAAACGUGCUAUAAUUGCCGAAGAUGGCAGCCUUACCCCUGCAUAUAGUCAUCUAUAUGACAAGUUGCAAAGUAUUGAAAAAGAAAAGACACAACAACAUAAUGAAAAAAGGAAACGUGUACUGGUAUUGGGGAGUGGGUUUGUCGCAAAACCUCUGGUCGAUUAUUUAAAUAAAUUGGAAGGUGUAGAUAUCACUGUUGCAAGCAACGCCAGUCUAGAAGCGUCAGCAUUGACCAAAGGACUCGACGGAAUAGAGAUUGCCGAACUAGAUGUUCGUGAUAUUGGGAGGAUGAAGACAUUGGUAGAUAGUUGUGAUGUAGUUGUAAGUUUCGUUCCUGCUCCACUACAUCCGAGCAUUGCAAAGAUUUGUAUUGAAAUGAAGAAGCAUAUGGUUACUGCGAGUUAUAUAUCACCGGCCAUGAGAGACUUGGAUGAAAAGGCAAAGGAAGCAGGCAUAGCCAUAUUGAAUGAAAUAGGACUUGAUCCCGGGAUCGAUCAUCUGUCGACAAUGAAAGUAAUCGAUGAAUUCUGGGCAGUAUUUGGUAACGAUGCUGGUCCGAAUCACUCCAGAGAUCAGAUGCCGCACUUAAUGACAUGA